AUGGUCUCUGUGGAAACGAGAGCAAUGGUCGUCAUACUUGUACACCACUGCCUUUUAAUUUUGUGUUGCAAUUUAUGUUGGAAAAGAAUCGCUUCAGCAGCCCGUCAGUCGCGGUAUAUAGACGACGACUUGGCAACACCGCGAGCUUCAACCUUUGACGUGCGGUCGGAGGCCGAUCACUUGCAAACUGCUUCGAUGACGUCAUCGAUUGUCGUAGAAAGUCAUGACUCGUCCAAUACAUCGCCGACCGAAAGUCGAAUCGAUGUAGUCAAUCCAUCGGAUGUAACAAGCACACCGAAGCCAUUCCGAUGUGUGACGCGGUCGGCGAAAGCGAAGCGAAUCCGUUUUUAUCGGAAUGGCGACCAAUACUACAAGGGUUUGUGGUACGCAUUGCGGAGCGAUCGUGUUCGAAGUAUGAAGCCAUUGAUGGAAGAUCUCGCAAAAGCGAUGGGUGAUUCAACAGCCCUUCCACUAGGCAUACGUCAUAUAUUCAGCAUAGAUGGGCAAACUCGCAUCACCGAUAUCGACCAGUUUGAAGACGGAGAGUCAUACGUGUGUUCUAGUACGGAAGCGUUCAAAUCUGUAGAUUAUACGAACGCACGUGAACCGUUUUGGUGUUUUGCGCUUUCGAGAACAAAUCGACCGAACGAUGCCGCCAUGUUGGGUCUCUGUGGAACAGAUCAUGUUGCCGUCGAACCUACCCACUUUGUGUUUCCACGUAUCAUCACCGUAAUCCGUAAUGGUGUGAAGCCACGAAGAGUUGUUCGCCAUCUCUUGAAUAAGAAGACGGCAAGAUCGUUCGAUCAGGUCAUGACGGAUCUCACGUGUGUGGUUAAGCUUGAUAGUGGUGCUAUCCGGAAACUGUUCGCUUUAGGGGGCAGUGCGGUGCUCACAUUGCAAGACUUUUUUCGAGAAGACGAUGUUUUCAUAGCAUAUGGUAACGAAAGGGCCAGCGCCGACGACUUUUACGUGAUUUCGGAAGAGUAUAAACGCCUCUAUUCUGGUGGAGUACGUCGUGGUGGUCGACGAGGUGUGACCUCUCGUCCACGAGUGAUGCCAGCUCGAAAUGAAAGUCUGCGGGAUGAUCGCUGUGGUAGUGUGGUGCCAGAUGAGUUAGCACGCAAUCUCCCUGCUGAACUGGAUGAGAGAUUCACUGUGUUACGAUUGCUCGGUGAUGGCAACACCGCGCUUGUGUACGAGGUCAUGGAUCGACGGACGCAAGAACAUGGCGCGUUGAAAGUGAUUGCGCGUGACUCGGCCGUUGGAAAGAUUGCGCUGAUUGAAAGCGAACUGGCCAUCAUGAAACGGAUCGAACACCCAUUCAUUGUGCAAAUGUUUGACAACUGGACAAUUGACGGCGCUUAUUACCUGUCACUGGAACUGGUUGAGGGUGGCGACCUGUUCGAACAUCUCUGCGUUGUAAGGCGCAUAAGCGAACGUCAAGCUGCCCGUCUGACCAAGGGCUUAGCACAAGCGUUGACUUCCGACGGGUCCCAAGACGAUCUAUUCGCUCAAAUUAUGCGUGGUAGAGUAAGCUUCCCAUCACCGUCAUGGGACAAGAUCUCCGCCUCUGCGAAAGCGCUCAUUUUAUUACUGGUAAAUACUGAUAAGGAGGAGCGGUUCUCCGCUCAUGAUGUGCUGGACAAUCAAUGGAUCAAGGUUGGUCUUAUCUUUGAACCUGUUUAG